AUUGAAUGAGGAUAAGAUGUCCUGCCACCCACCUCAUUUUUAUUCUUUAAUUAUUUUCCACGACAAUUCCAAUAAAUUUAAUCCAAAAACUUUAGAAUAAAAAAUUAAUUUACCAAUCACUAUUUCCUUUAGCUAUGGUGGAAAAAUUCUGAUACCCAUGUGCCACUUACCAGAUAUUUAUAUCCACAAAACCACAACCCUUUCUAUUGUUACUGCCUCUUUUUCCAUUCCCAUUAUUCACAUAGCAUAAUCUACCACUCUUCUUCUCCGUUCUCUUACGCAAUCUUUGCUGAAACGAUGCCGUUGUCUCUUGAAUCCAACGGGAGAUCCAGCUUCGCCGAUUAUGUCUCGAUCCGCGAUCAGAAUUUUCCGGAGGAGGAUUCUGAUUCUGAUUCUUGUGGCUCCUCGCACUCUUCUCUAGGGAGGAACAGUGAUUCGUCGGAAGAUUCUUCUGACCGGGAACUGGAGGACUCCGGUGAAGUUGAGAAGAAAAGCCCUUUGGAUACGAUGAAUGAUUUGGAGGAAGAUUUACCGGUGAAGAAAGGCAUAUCCAACUUUUAUAUUGGCAAAUCAAAAUCAUUCACAAACUUAGCAGAUGCAGCAGGUGCAACAUGUGUUCAAGAGAUAGUAAAAGCAGAAGACCCUUAUGCUAAAAAGCGAAAGGAUUCACUUGCGAGAAACAUGUUAAUCGGAAGGAGCCGCAGUUACGCGAAUGUUGGUGGAAUAUCAAACUCAAAGCGAACUUCUAACUUAGGCCGACGAACGUCGUGUCUCAAUCUGAGCGCCAAUGCUGACAGUAGCGAUGAAGGGAAGAGUUCCACUUCCAGAUCAAUAUCUCCUCCUUGUCCACUUCCUCCUCGUCAUCCACAAGCCGGUAAUAUGUCCUCUGCAAAUGCUUCACGUACUCGUCCUAGUCCUCCGACACGGGAUCUCCCUUUGCGCUCGUAUUCUUGGUCUGAUCUGAACUCUGUUGCUGAGGGUCAUGAUUUGGCUGGUUUGGCUAUUUGUAGUGGAAACAAAGACAAUAAAGUACACUGAAUUUUGCUAGGAAUUUCACUUUUUAGUUGCUAGCAAUGGAGUUUCUGAAUUUGUUUUGUAUUUGAGAGUGUUGUCUCUAUGAACUCAACUCGCCAUAAACAUUACUACUGAGUAGGGUUUGUAUAUUAUGAAUCUUAAAAGCCUACUUAUUAGCAUAGACAAUUUAUGUCAACUUUCUUAA